AUGCUCCCUAAAUUGCUAUUAAUUGGGUCUUUAAGUCUCCCCCUUGUUCUUGGGUAUUCCGGAUGUAGUCCCCCAUCCACCAAUAGUGGACUUGCGGUUGAUUACUUUGAUGAAGUGGCCUUUUACCAGGACUCCUAUGCCUAUCUUGCUACUAUAGAUGGAUUGACUCCUGACUACACUAAGUAUGGAGUUGAGGAUAUUGACAUUACUAUUACUGGAAUCCCCGAUGUAUCCUCAGCAACAGCCAAUAGUACCACUUACUAUCAAGAUGUUUACGAUAGAAGCACAAAUGUUAUCAAGUUUGGUUUAAGACUUUCAGGAUACUUUCGUGCCCCUGAAGAUGGGACUUACACAUUUGCUUUCACAGCAGCUGAGGAUUAUAUUUCUAUGAAUAUUGGUGGUGCUUCUGGAGAUUUAGACUGUUGUACAAACCCCAACGAACUCUCCGCAGCUGGCGCUCAAAUCAAAGCUAAUGGAACAAAUACAGAUUACGCUUUAUCUCUGGCCCUGGCUAAGGUACAGCUUAAAGCUGGACAAUACUACCCCGUGAAGAUUCUCUAUUACAAUGAGUCACCAAACCAAGCUAGAAUGUCAUUUCAAGUAACUUGUCCCAACGGUACUGUUGCAACAGAUGAUAUUCCAUGUAACAGGAUCGGAUGGUGA